AUCCGUUUCCUGUGCGCGCGCUUCUCACUCAGAGCGCAAGCACGCGGCAUUGAUGCUCACUGAGAGCGCGAGACUAACAUUAAUAUUCACAUUAACACUAACUCCGAGUUCAGCUGAUCGUCAAAGACUUUGGACGUUUGGUUUCAGUGCACGUGAGGAGUAAAGCGAACCCCACGGAAAUUGUUGCUUAGAGGUGUUAUCGCAUUGGGGCAUGUUUGCACUGUGCAUCUGAUGGGAAACCUGUUUCGCGUCCUGUUUGCACGUGAAGCGUAGCGUGUAAGAGUGAGAGGCGGCGGCGGCGACGCACGCAUGAGCCGCGAGCUCGGAGCAACGCGCACUCUUGGCCGGCUUCGGUGACGCCAUGCCGCGCGACCGCGGUGGAGACGAAGGCGCGUCCGGCGGCGUGCGCCUCGAAGCUCGCGGCACGGAGGACGUGGAACGGGGCGGCGGGGUCGCGCGGCGCCCGGUUGCUGACGGACGGCGGGGAGAACGCGGUGCCCGCCUCAGCCUGCUCGGUAAACCGUUGGUAUACGGCGCGCAAAGCGGACGCAGGAACGCGCGCUACCGCCGCCUGCAGAACUGCCUGUACAACGUGCUCGAGCGACCGCGAGCCUGGGCUUUCGUGUAUCACGCGCUGGUGUUUGUGUUGGUGUUCGGCUGUUUGGUGCUGUCCGUGUUCUCAACCAUUCCAGAACAUCUAGAAAUGUUAUCACGUGCUCUGUUUAUACUGGAGUUUGUGAUGAUUAUUGUGUUUGGGAUGGAGUACCUCGUGCGGCUCUGGUCUGCAGGCUGUUGCUGCCGGUACCGAGGAUGGCAGGGACGACUGAGAUUCGCUCGAAAGCCAUUCUGCAUAAUAGACAUCAUAGUGCUGAUCGCGUCGGUCGCCGUGGUUUCAGCCGGUAGCCAGGGCAACAUCUUCGCCGCGUCGGCACUGAGGAGCAUGCGCUUCCUGCAGAUCUUGCGCAUGGUGCGUAUGGACCGGCGCGGAGGCACCUGGAAGCUUCUGGGAUCUGUAGUUUAUGCACACAGCAAGGAGCUCGUAACUGCCUGGUACAUCGGCUUCCUGGUGCUUAUCUUCGCCUCAUUCCUCGUCUACCUCGUAGAGAAGGACUUGAAUAAGGAAUUUUCUACGUACGCUGAUGCACUCUGGUGGGGCACGAUUACUCUGACCACAAUAGGCUACGGAGAUAAGACUCCCAAGACGUGGACGGGCCGCUUGCUGUCCUCCGGCUUUGCGCUCCUCGGCAUCUCCUUCUUCGCUCUGCCUGCGGGGAUCCUGGGUUCUGGUUUUGCCCUUAAAGUCCAGGAGCAGCACAGACAGAAGCACUUUGAGAAGAGAAGGAAUCCUGCAGCUUGCCUUAUCCAGUGUGUGUGGCGUAGCUAUGCGGCUGAUGAGAACUCGGUUUCCAUUGCUACCUGGAAGCCACAUUUAAAGGCAUUGCAUACCUGCAGUCCUACAAAGAAGGAUCAAGCAGAGACUUCGACAAAUCAGAAGCUGAGCUUUAAAGACCGCGUAAGGAUGGCAAGUCCUCGUGGUCAGAGCAUUAAGAGCAGACAGACAUCCAUCACAGACCGGCGUUCCCCGGGCUCUGAGAUUAACGCAGACAGCUCCAGUCCAGUUAAAGUGCAGAAGAGCUGGAGCUUCAACGACCGUACUCGCUUCAGACCCUCUCUCCGUCUCAAGAGCCAAUCCCGCUCUACCACCGACGGUGAAGCUAAUAUAGUACCGGAGGAGAGCGUCGAUGAGAAAGGCUGUCACUGUGAGUUCUCCGCUGAAGACUUGUUACCAGCAGUGAAGAGCGUGAUCCGAGCAGUCCGGAUCAUGAAUUUCCUUGUGGCAAAGAAGAAGUUUAAGGAGACACUGCGUCCAUAUGAUGUCAAGGACGUGAUUGAGCAAUAUUCAGCAGGACACUUGGACAUGCUGUGUCGAAUUAAAAGUUUACAGACGAGGGUUGAUCAGAUCCUGGGGAAGGGGCAGAUUCCUGUAGAUAAGAAGCUAAGGGAGAAGAUGCUGUCUGAUGGUGAUCUGCUGGAGGAUGUCAGCAUAUUGGGAAGGGUGUGUAAAGUCGAGAGACAGGUCCAGUCUAUUGAAUCAAAGUUGGACUCGUUGCUAGACGUCUACCGGCAGGUUCUGCAGAAAGGCACAUCCUCAGCUCUCAGUCUGUCCUCUCUGCCCCUGUUCGAGCUGGCCCAAUCGACAGACUACCCAAGUCCAGUCUUUACCAAGGAUCUCUCCUCUCCCUCACAAUUUAGCCAAGUGAGUAGCUCCAAUUUCCCUCGGGGCUUCCAUCUCAUCCUGGCUCCCAACGAGUUCAACUUCAACUUGAACAACUCAUCAGCGUCUCCCUCCGUAGACGACAAGCUCAGUUCUGCCUCACUGUUCAGCCCACUUCAGCCUCUUGCUACACCCACUGCAGAUUGCCCACCUGUUUUCACGCCAAACAGUAUACACUCUGGAGGGGUGCAUUUUCCCAAACUGGCAAGCCCUCCUCCACCCCCUCCAUCGUCCACCCGGUUUCAGCUGCCCCUGUUGCUGCCUCAGUCAGGCAGAGUGAACAGUGGAUCAACCCAAUCUCAGUCCAGUCCUUCUGAUCGCUUCCCACCCUCAUAUUCAAACAGAUCCCAGCAGGACAUGGCACCAAGCAGCAAAGAGGAUGCUUCUUGGAGAAGACAUAUGGGCCCAGAGAUGGGAAUGGACAUGGAUCCUCUGGUGGAGCUCUCAACCUCCUCAGUACCAGAUAGAGGAGACCAGUCAGUUUCCACAGGAAAGUCCUUCUCUGUCCAGGACCUUAUUCCAGAGGUUGAUGGGCAUCACAGCCUGUCAGCCAGCAGCAGCCAGGACUCAGAGAGUGAGGUGGGAGGAGGUGGAUGGGCUGAAGCAGAGCUCUUCAUAGCAGAUGGAGACCUGGAGAACUCUGGGCAGACUCGGUCCUCAAGCUUUGGCUUCCUGGCCCAACCUCCGGCAAAUUCCAAUUUCUCCUCUGAACUUUUGAGGACAGGGACAGCAACGAGGGACAGCCUCAGCAUGGCAUCCAAAUUGGGUGCUACAAAGCCUUUCAUUAUGCCACACGUCCGGCUAAAACAAUAAGCCACCAACGUUAUGAAUUCUUAUUAGACUUCUUGAAGAACAUGAAAGCUUUGUCUAAUUUUAAGUAUUUUAUUUUAGAAGCCAGAAAUGGGAGGUCAGAAAGGCAAGAAUGGAGUUUGGGGUAUUAUUUUUAUUUUUAAAAUUUGUUUAAAUUUUUGAUUUAAUUUUAUAUAUUGUUAAGUACUGAUUUAUUUAGAAGAAAAAAGUUUCAUACAGUGAACUUACAUGAGGAUUUUUGAUUGCAUGGAGUGUGCUUUUUUAAGCACUGUGUUUUCUGGUUAGCCUAACUAGGGAAAUCCACAAUAUAAUGAAAAAGCGCUUUACCUGUGUUGUAUUCCUUUGCUUAGAUUAUAGCAGAGUGAAAUUUACAUUUUUUGUUAAUUUCCUUUUGGGUCAUAUUCCAUUUCUUAUGUCCCAAGAAAAAACCUUGCAUGUGGAGACAGGUAAGACUGGAAAUGUAUUUUAUAUGUGAAUGUAUUAUUGAUUGGCUCUUUCAUGUGCACGGGUAAAAUCAGGGUUUAAUUGUGUUCUCGAGUCAGUCGUUUCAGUCACUUGGUCUCAGACUGGGUAUUUUGGUCCACACCUAAGUGCGAUUGCUGUGUUCACACUUGACUAAAACAUCCACAGAGAUAAAAGUUCCAUGACAAACUUAAAAGGAAAAUCAGAAAACAGGAAGCGAUGUUAAACUGGAAAGUUUUAUAAACAAGUUGUCUUGACAAUGCCAUUUGAAAGUCUCGUAUUUAAAGACACGAGAAAAAGUCACUGAAGGCCAAAGGGAGCGUUAAGAGUAGGGGCAGCUUCAGUGGACGUGCCAAGGAGCCAUCAGGUUUAUGAAACUAUUUUCUAUAGAGUCAAGUUUUAUAAUAACUCAUCAUUGGUUGCUGGAUUCUGGGAAUUUUCAGGAUGUUUAUGUGUGAAUAAAACCAAUAAAGUUCACUAAUAGAUCUGUGACAACCCUUCAGUCAGCAGAAGGAAGUGGGCCUCAUCACUGGGUUCUGAUUUUGGGUACAGUGGAUAGCCAGUGGAGGUUUUUCUGGGAGGGGUUAUAUAAAAAAAAUUCACAAAGACGACAAACGUCUUUGUCCAAAUCCAAAUAGUUACAACAUCCCAUGAAUCCCAUAUAUAAUCCCAUAUAUGUAAAAGCCUAGGGUCAAUGGAAAACGAUAACAUGAUAAAUUCUAGUGAGGUAGAAUGAAGGCACUGUUGGCUCUUCAUGCCAUUUAUGGUUUUAUGUUGCAGUUGUUUUUUAACUAACGCAGUCCUGGAUGUAUUGCAUGAGAACGCAGGGUAAGCAGAGGGACUAUAAUAAACUCCAAAUCAAA